AUGAGCAACGCCUAUGAAAGUAAAGAAUUUGACUUCUCAAGAGCAAAAUCUAGAGUUAAUUCUCGUGGUUACGACUCGAGGGGAGGUGUGAGCAACUUGCCUUCUCUCCCGGUGGUUUCAACACCUUCACCCGAAGUCCCCGAUCAAAUAGCUUUGGAUUCAGAUGCUUUUAACAUUCCCGAGCAAUCAUAUGUGGAGUUUGAUAUGCAAUCUCUAAAGAAUGGCUCCCAGGAGGACUUCUUGAAGCAAAAAUAUUUCCGUAGUCACGACCAUAUCAACGAGAUUGUGGAAGAAGAAGUACCGAUUGAGACGAAGAAAGUAAUAGACACAAAGAAAGAGGAUGAUUUCUUUAAUUCGGACGAUAAUCAAUGGAAGUCGAUGGAGAAAGUAACCAAGGGCAACUACUACGAUGAGAUGGGAAACUUAGAGUUCCAGAACCAUAGCUUCAACUGGAAUUCACUGAAUGAUGGCCGCGGAUACACGAAAAUCGACACUGAGGAGCAGUUGAAUAAAUACGCAGAGUUAGACAAGAAGACCAAUUUUUUGUUUGAGAUCCAGAAUUCAAAGGAGCCCUCACUUCCGACGGUAGAAGAAGAAGAAGAGGUGUUCGAUCACGGGGAUGAGGUAAUAGACUCCGAUGAGACCCUCGCUGGGACGCGUGGAAUGCUCACCGACUCCCAGAAAUUUGCAUAUAUUGGCAUUAUCAAGCUUAUCACCGUGGACAUGGCCACAGAUCUUGCAAGACUUAACCGGAGAACGACCAACAAAGUAGCACUUAAGCUAACGUUAAGUCAAAAAAACUUCGCCAACUGGACAAUGUAUAUCAUGGCAAAACUAGUGGAACACUUAAAGCUCACAAAGGAGGAGCAGACAAUGAUUGAUAAUCUCAGCGCACACGGCGUGGAGGUUCAGGACCUCACCACGAGCCUACUAGAAACACAAAUUCGAGAUCAAAACCUAGAGAAACUUGUCCAAGAUUUUGAUCUCCGAUGGGUAUUGAUCUGUGAUUUAUUCUUGUUACUUCUCGCAGACGGAUACUAUGAUAGUAGGUCAAGAACUCUCUUGGUCAAGUUUGCAGAGUAUUUACAAAUAACAAAGUUGGAAGUCCGCCAAUUUGAACGGAGACUUGUGGAGAGUUUGGAAAUGGACACCACACAAAAAACCAUCGAGGGACGUGAAGACAAAUUGAAAGACCGACUGUUUAUCGAGAAACACAUUCAGAAGAACAAGAAGAAAAGGAUGGCGUAUAUCGGUUUGGCUACUUUGGGAGGCUCUUUGGCCAUUGGGCUUUCUGCUGGAUUAUUGGCUCCUGUCAUUGGUGCUGGUUUGGCUGCUGGUUUGACUACAGUUGGUAUUUCUGGCACUGGAGGAUUCCUUGCUGGUGUCGGAGGCAGUGUCGCCAUCACUACUGGAGGUGUGGCUGUGGGUGCCAAAGUUGGUUCUAAGGCUGGAUCCAGGAGACUGGGAGAUGUUCACACUUUUGAGUUGAAACCCUUGCACAAUAACAGACAUUCCAAUUUAAUCAUCACUGUCAGUGGAUGGAUGAAUGGCGCCAUGGAUGAUGUUCGACUCCCCUUCUCGACAGUGGAUCCGGUCAUGGGAGAUAUGUUCUCCCUAUUGUGGGAACCUGAGAUGUUGCAGUCUAUGGGACAAACCAUUGGUAUUCUAGCCUCUGAAGCAUUGAGUACUUCCAUCCAGCAAAUUCUUGGUGCCACCAUAUUAACAGCGUUAAUGUCUGCCAUCCAGUUACCCAUGGCGCUUUCCAAGUUGUCGUAUCUCUUAGAUAAUCCGUGGAAUGUCUCGUUGGAUCGUGCGUGGAAGGCAGGAAAGAUUUUAGCUGAUACCUUGAUUGCGGGCAAUAUGGGUGUCCGUCCCAUCACAUUGGUAGGUUUCUCGCUUGGUUCUCGUUUAAUCUACUCGUGUUUAAUUGAGUUAGCUAACCGUGGAGGGUUCGGCUUGAUUGAAAACGUUAUUCUACUUGGAAACCCUGCUACUGUUAAAUAUGACCAGAUCACACUUGCGCGGUCGGUUGUCAGCGGAAAGUUUAUCAAUGGCCACUCCAAAAACGAUUGGAUUCUUGGUUAUCUCUUCAGAGCCACAGGUGGAGGUUUGCUGACUGUUGCCGGUAUUUCGCCUAUAGAGAAUAUACCCGGUGUUGACAACUUCAAUUGCACAGAAUUUAUUGAGGGACACAUGUCGUACAGACAAGCUAUUCCCAGAAUAUUGAAGGCAUUAGACUGGGAGGUGCUUAGUGAGGAAUUUGCGGAGAUAGAAGAGCCAGACGGUGAACAGACAGAACGCCAAAGACAACUCAUCAAUGAAUUCGAUGAGGCUAGAGCAAAAAUGGAAAAGGAAAUUGAAGAGACAAAGGACAACCAGAAAACAUGGAAGGAUUGGUUCAAGCCCAAACAGCAGAAAUGGUGGGAUGUCUAUGAUAAAUCUGGGGUUGACACUGACCUGAGAAGUAAAGCCGAGUUUGAAGAGUACACUGUUUCGCAGCCAAACCAAUCGGCUCAUGUCGGAAAUGAUGAUUUCACUACGGGGGAAUCGGGGACUGGGCACCAAGAGACUGCUGCUAACGAAGCCAUUUUUGAUGUCAAUGCCCUUUUACACGAGGUCAACGACAUCGAAAAGAUUGGAGAGGAAAACCAAGACACUCUUAGUAAGUUACGGCAAGAUGUGGACAAUACCCAGUAUGAACUUAAAACUAACGAGGAUACGGAGGGUACUGAACCAGCUGGAAUGAUUGACAAGCUUGGGAAGUUGGCUAGUCCAAUCAAAAAACCGUUUGUCUAA